GUUCAGCUUUCCAAAACUUCCUUCAUGUCCCCAUAUCUGUUCACUACUAAAAAAUAAAGCUUCCCAAAGAGUAAUGCCAUAAAUGCAUAAUUUCUGGUUCCCAAAGAGCCACUCAGUGAUCAGUUAGACGACUGUGUCUUGGUGUGAAGAACAUUUUAAUAAACCUUUUUAACCUUUUGUGGUUGGAAAUUGGUGCCACAGAUUCUUUAGAGUGUAGGACUCACACAAAGGAAGAUAUUUGGUAUUGUCUUACAGGUUGUCAAAAAUCCCAAUCCGCCACAGAUACUUUAUUCUGUCCUGUGCUUUGAACGUCAUGUUUUCUACACGAGUGCCCUUUGACACGUGUCAUAAAACUGACCGCUGACCCUUCAGCGUUAGAUGAUCGUCGUUUGCGUGUAAGUGAACAGCAGCUCACGUACAAGAGUAUAAUCAAUGAACAUUCUCGCACGCCACUGAAAUCCAUCCCACAAUCUCACAGGACUCCUGAUUGGUCGAGAGAUGCUGAGGCACCGCCCCCUCGAAACACCCCUGCGGUCUCUGGCCAUCGAUUCUUCAAUGAUGGGCUUAAAAACAUCGACAGACGCCGGGCUUGAGGGGAAAUCUGAGAGUGGAUUCUGAGAGAGCAGUUCAUGUAUGAAAUCGGACAUGACUGAUCGAUCGUUAAUCAGGAUAAUAAGCAUCGACAGAUGGAGAACCAGUUACUCAUGCGGAUCUCACAGGAGUGUGGGUGCUUCAGCAUGUUGUGGAACAGCAGGACCCUCUUCACUUAACAGCUGGGCUUCAUUAAUAAUCCAUAAUUGCUUUGUGAGUUAUGUGAUUGCAGCAGUGCCAUGUGUCACCACAUCAGGACAGUGAAGACUCAUUUGGUCUGAAUGACCUGCAGGCCUCCACAGCGGCACGCAAACGAAUCGCAUUGAUCACUUUGGCCGGGAUAUAAAGUUAGCAGCGACCUAGAUUUCUCAAACCACAGCAUCCAGUCGAAAGAAGAACAGCAGAUAAUUGUUAGAUGUCUUUUGAUCAUGCCACCAGCAUGACCAACGCUUUUUCCUCAUUCAGCAUUUUUAUAUCUUUAAGAACAGUGACUAUUUCAAAUGGUGAGUACUGAGCUAUUUAGUAUUUGUUGUCUGUGAAAUUUGGAAUGGAUUUGGAGAAGUGUAUGAAUCCUGCUGUCGUCCAUCUGCAGCGGCAGUGAUGUGCAUGUGAGGAUGGGCGACUGGAACUUUCUGGGUGGGAUUCUGGAGGAGGUUCACAUCCACUCCACUAUGGUGGGGAAGAUCUGGCUCACCAUCCUCUUCAUCUUCCGCAUGCUGGUGCUGGGUGUCGCGGCUGAGGACGUGUGGAACGACGAGCAGUCGGACUUCAUCUGUAACACGGAGCAGCCCGGCUGCCGCAACGUCUGCUACGACCACGCCUUCCCCGUCUCGCUCAUCCGCUACUGGGUCCUGCAGGUCAUCUUCGUCUCCUCGCCCUCGCUGGUCUACAUGGGCCACGCCAUCUACCAGCUGCGCGCCCUGGAGAAGGAGCGUCACUGCAAGAGAGUGGCUCUCCGGCGCGAGCUGGAGACGAUGGAGGCAGAGCUGGUGGAGGCUCGGCGGCGGGUGGAGCGGGAGCUGCGGCAGCUGGAGCAGGGGAAGCUGAACAAGGCUCCGCUCCGGGGCCCGCUGCUGCGGACCUACCUGGCGCACAUCGUGACCCGCUCUGUGGUGGAGGUGGGCUUCAUGACGGGCCAGUACCUGCUGUAUGGGCACCACCUGGAGCCUCUUUACAAGUGCGAGCGGGAGCCGUGUCCCAACGUGGUGGACUGCUUCAUCUCGCGACCCACCGAGAAGAGCGUCUUCAUGGUGUUCAUGCAGGGCAUCGCCGCUACGUCCCUGUUCCUCAGCCUGCUGGAGAUCCUGCACCUGGCCUACAAGAAACUGAAGAAGGGGCUUCUGGACUACUAUCCUCACCUGAAAGACGACCUGGGCGACUAUUACGGUGCCAAGAAGAACUCUGUGGUGCAUCAGGUGUGCACGAGCCAGGGGCGCAAAGCCACCAUCCCGACGGCACCCAGCGGAUUCGCUCCGCUCCUGGAGAAACAGGGCAACGGACCCACGUACCCCGUGCUCGUUAACCCCUCGUCUGCGUUUGUGCCCAUCCAGGGCGUGUCGGACGUUCAGCGGGAGAACAAGGAUGUUGUUCACGGUCUGCUGGACCGCAACAGCAACUCCAACAACCCCUGCAGCGAGACUCGCUCCCCUGUCGCACACACGCUGGAGAGUCCAGGCUUCAGCAGCCUCCUGAUAACAGAUCCACGCAAGCAGCAGCGAGUCAGUCCGGCCUGGAACUGCAGCAUGGUGGAGGGGAACGGCUCGGACAGCAGCGACGGUGGCAGGGCUGACCUGAGGAGAUCCGGCGGGACACACACACCGGACUCUGAGCCCGGCCCCGGCUCACGGCAACACAGUUCUGUAGAAAGUCCCACCUUCUCACCCAAUCGGCAACGAACUUCACUAACCAGCAGCAGACGAGCAGCCAGCGACCUGCAGAUCUGAGCCUCUGUGCGUGUUUCUCACAGUAAUUACAAGCUGUUCUCUUUAUAGUUCACACAAAAAUGAUCAUUCUGUCAUCAUUUACUCUCCCUCGUGUAUGCAUUUCUUUCUUCUAUUAAACAUGGAAGUAGGUAUUUUGAAGAACGCGUGUAACCAAACAGUUCAUGGAUCUUUGGUUACCCACAUUCUUCAAAAUGUUUUUUUUUUCUUUUCUAUUCAACAGAAGAAACUGAUAUGAUAUGAAAUAUUAUAUGUUAAUGAUGACAAUUACCAGUUUUGGGUGAACUAUCCCUUUAAACCCAAGGAUUGAAGCUUUAUUUACAGCCGGGAGCUUUUCAGUAUUUUCACCUGUAAAGAAUGAGGAAUCGUGACUGUAUGUUGUUGGGUUUUGUACUUCUAGAUGUUUUUAGCUCAAACCAUCUAUAAACGACACAUAUCUGAGUGUCUGUAGUGAUGUGCACAGUGGUCUCUGCUGGUAACGGCCUGGAAGAGAAGCUUUUUAAAAGGAAGUCUGAUUUUAAAGACAUAUUUUGAUGAAAAGAGAAUUUGCAUUUAUCUGUAGAAUUAUGACCUUUUAAUAUAUAGGUGUUGCAGUGAGGCGGAGUACAGAAAUCAAACUCUCUAUCGUCCACCAGCAUACAGUUUGUUUAAGCCUGCAGAAUUUAUGCACAGAUAAAAUGUCUUUGUUAAAUAUGUAUUUUGCAGAUUCUGUAAAGGUUAUACAAACCCAUGCACUGAACUGUGUGCAUUAAGACAAAGAUGAGGGAUGUCCCAUAAUCCAGUGCAUCUGUCACAAAGUAGCCGUUUCACCUUCCUGUGAUGGACGUCUGGAGAUGUGUCAGCCAGCUGACAAUUCAGUUGAUCAAUUCCUUGCACCAUUUUAUUUUAUUCUUCCAAAAAUAACAAUUAUGUCAUGCACUUUAAGAAUUUGAGGUUAUUUAAUAGGAUAUGGCUGUUACACAAAUGCAACUGUUAAACCUGCAUUAAAGUUUUGGAUUGCUACUGUUCUGUGAAGGGUUUUGUGGAAAAGAUGACAUAUGGUAGUAUAAAUAUGUGAUGUUCAGACUGACUGCUAAACCAUUGCGACUGCACAAAACUCUUCUUAGUCUAGAACGGUCUGUGAUUGCAGAUGCAGCGUCAGCAUCGUUUGUC